GGAGUCCCGUGUGAUAAAUCAGCAGCUCGCCGUUGUUUCUAAAGUGGACAGUGAAGAGAAAGAAGGAGGAGGAUAUUUUCCCCCCCACUGGCUGUUUACACAUGCAGUACUCAGGAAAGUUAAAGGAGCCCAGUUUCAAUGUAGGGGAUGAAGGGCACAGAGUAGGAGGGAAGCUGAUGGUCCUCUCUCAUUAUCAGCACGGUUUUCCUGCACUGAGGAGGACUUCAUGCGGAGGGGGAGGCGCCCAAGCGAGGCGAGCGGCACGACUGCUGCCUGAAUUUAACAAUUAACCUUGAUGAACACGGAUUGCUUUCACUUAACAGGCGCAGGUGCGUGUGAUUUGCAAAACGGCGCAGCUGAGCGAUUCCACGUUUGUGACUGAACACUGACGCAUUUUAUGCUAAACACAGAAACUACAGGCUGCCACGGAUAGAUAAUAGCAAUUGCAGCUGAUUUUUUUUUUCUCUCUCCACGGGACAGGAUGCAGGUUGCAAUAGGAACCCAACCGACACACGUUCUUUAGCAGAAUCCGAAUUCAGGGGCGCCACUGAACUGAUUUGGAGACCUAUCGGAAUUUGACCGCCUUGUCAUUGCCCAGUCACCAGUCCCGGGCAGCUGAACGGCAUCAUCUCAGCAUCGGAGACAAGAAGGGGGGGAAAAACUGUCCGCUUUACUACUCUCCAUCUGCGCACUGGACGGCUUGAAAUGAGGGUCACAUCCCGGUUGUGUUCCGUGUGAAGAGGCAAGCGAGGUGGCAGUUUCUUCGGCUCAAGGACGCAAAAAGUGGCCGCCGGCCGAGGUGCGAAGCAUGGAGCAGCACGACACUGACACCGCGACCCCCUCAAAAAAGACAAUAAUUGCGAAGAUAUUUAAAGUUCGCAAGAGGAGGGAGAUGUUAUUCGUGCAGGUCUGCUUUAUCUGCAGUGUCCUGUUCGUAGCGUGGAGCAUGUCGGCACUAUUGACCAAGACAGGCCAUGGGAUGAUUGUGGAGGGACAUCCCGACCAUGAAAUCUGGGGGAGACGGCUAAUGGCUUCAGUACCAGAAAAUGAAACUGAGGAGAAGAACUGUUCAGCGCCAGCAAUACACGAGUUCCCCGACGACUUUUUCACCAACGAUGAACGGAAGAGUGGAGCCAUUAUGCUGCACAUUGUGGCGGCUCUUUACAUGUUUCUGGCGCUUGCUAUAACAUGUGAUGAAUACUUUGUGACAUCACUGGAGAAGAUCUGUGAGAAACUAGAUCUAAGUGAAGAUGUCGCAGGAGCCACCUUCAUGGCAGCUGGCAGUUCUGCACCAGAGCUUUUUGCAUCUGUCAUCGGUGUCUUCAUCACCCACGGUGAUGUGGGGGUGGGGACCAUCGUUGGCUCAGCAGUCUUCAACAUCCUAUGCAUCAUUGGUGUCUGCGGGAUCUUUGCUGGACAGGUGGUGAUGCUGACCUGGUGGGCUGUUUUCAGGGAUUCCUUCUAUUACAUCCUGGCUGUUGUGGCUCUGAUUGCAUUCAUCUAUGAUGAGAAGAUAGUUUGGUGGGAGAGUUUGGUGCUGGUGCUCAUGUAUGCAGGAUACAUCCUCGUCAUGAAAUUCAACUCCAGCAUGCAGAAGUUUUUCAUGGGAAAGUCAAACAAAAAAAAUGUGGCAAAUGGCAACGCGGCAGCCAGCAGUGAGAUGGAGGACGUCAAGCCUAGCAAAGCUUACAGCCGUGGCUCUGUGGUGAUGGUGGAUGAGAUCAUGAAUGCAAGCCCUUCAAAGUUCAGGUUCCCAGAGGCUGGCCUCCGUGUCAUGGUGACCAGCCAUUUUGGACCCAAGACCCGCCUGCGCAUGGCCAGUCGCCUCAUCAUUACAGAGAAGUUGAUGCAAGCUGCCAAUGGUGUGGAGACGCAAGUGAUCGACGGGAAGGUUGAAAUCGAGAAUGGAAACGUGCCAGAGGACAAACCCAGCGAGGUGGAGGAAAAUGACACCAUCUCACCUUUUCAUAUUCCAAGGGGUAUAGGCAGUAAGUUGAAGUGGCUGAUGUCGUGGCCUCUGCUCCUGCUGCUGUUCUUUACCGUCCCAAACUGUGCCAAGCCUCGCUGGGAGAAAUACUUCAUGCUCUCUUUCAUCCUGUCUACUGUCUGGAUUGCAGUCUUCUCCUACUUUAUGGUCUGGAUGGUGACCAUAAUCGGCUACACUUUGGGAAUUCCUGAUGUUAUCAUGGGCAUUACUUUCUUGGCGGCAGGAACCAGCGUCCCAGACUGCAUAGCUAGUCUCAUCGUGGCUCGGCAAGGUUUGGGAGACAUGGCAGUGUCCAAUACCAUUGGCAGUAAUGUCUUUGAUAUUCUAGUGGGACUUGGGGUUCCCUGGGCGAUGCAGACCAUGUGUGUUAGCUAUGGAUCAGUGGUGAUGAUUAACAGUCGGGGGCUGCUUUACUCGGUGGUGCUUCUCCUGGGCUCUGUGGCCCUCACGGUGCUGGGGAUACACUUGAACAAGUGGCGGCUGGAUUUGAAGCUGGGCGUGUACGUCCUCGUCCUGUAUGCCGUUUUCCUCUGCUUCUCUAUCAUGAUAGAAUACAACGUCUUCACUUUUGUCAACCUUCCCAUGUGUAUGGAGGAGUAGAGCACAGCAGCAUGCCUCGAAUACCAAAACCUCAAGGCUCCCAUAGCAACCCUCAAUUUUCUUUUCUACAAUAACACGGACCUAUCACAGACUGUUCUCCUCCUCCUUUGCACUCUCUUCUUUGUAAACCUUUUGUCCCAAAUAUGAAUCUAAUUUACUUACGAGGCAGUAAGCUGUAAGAAUGGACGCCAUUCUACGUCUCGAAUUUGUCUCCUUGUCACACAGUGCCGGUCCUUAAUGCCCGUUAUUUGGGGCAUUGCCUGUUACUGCAGUAAAGUAUUUAGUUCCUCUGUGCGCCUGCUAUCUUUCUACCCAUCUAGCAUGCCUUUAGAUGUUGGGGACCUCCAGAAAUCAUAAGUGCCCCUGUUAAUUGUUGGUGUGUUUUCAAUGUUCACGUUGUAGAGAUUCACACACCAUUUCCAAAGCCUUUCCACAAACCAAAAGAGUCUGUCAAGGAAAAAAGGAAAAAUAAUUAACAAACCACAAACCUUGAUCCCAAUCUAAACCCUCACAGAGAGAGGGAGAGUUUUCCUUGAAGUCAUUCCUAAAGAUUUACCAAUUACCCAAGAACCCAAAGACUCACUUGCUCUUCAGCUUUCUGGAGGAGGGUCUUGUCCUUGGCAGCUCCCCUCCUCCAGCUUGGACCUGACUCUCCUGGCAUGGCCUUUGGCAUGAGGGAGCAGUUACUGUUAGUGCUUCACUUCACUCACUCGCCAUGUGCAACUCCCCAACCCUCUUCUGCUUGAUCAAAUCUUUGUUUUCUUAAAAAAAAAAAAGACCUUUUUGUCUGGACACUUUGUGUCAAGUUGUAUCGCAGUCCAGAUCCGAUGACUGUGAGAGGUGUUAUGCAUAUGCAGCACUGCACAAUGUAAAUUUGUAAACACUUUUUUUGUAUUUUUUUCAAGACAACGUUUUGUCUAGUAUGAAAUAUGGAAGAGAGCUUGUUGCAAAUAUUGGACAUUGCCUGUUUUUCACUGAAACAAAUUGCACAUGGAAAUGCUUUUUGUUGCUUUCUGCUGUAAGGAGAUUUGACCACUCAGAGGUACUGGCUGGCAGUGGCGACUCCACUCCAGCUUUAUUUUUGUUUAGCGACGCGUCAUUCAACUUUUCCCUCCGCACAAGUUCAGAAAGAAAAACAGACGACUGGCUCCACAUCUGUGUGAUGCAUCCGAUCUUUCUCAUCAGGAGGCGUUCUCAUUUUGAGACUGCAUCCGCAUGAUGAUAUUUGUUCCAAAAAAAACAAAAAAUGCACAGAAACCAGAUGGUUCUCAACACUGUCUGCUAUAUCACCUUCUGGCCAGUAGGGACUACUGCAGCUCCUCUACCCAGGGCAGAGGGGGGCAACCACAGCUGUCAGUUAUCAGGGAAACACAGAGGUGGAGAUGGUGAUGGUCUCUUGAUUUUGAGUUACAUGUAGAUACUGCACUUUAACAGCCGUCCUCUCAUUCUGAAUCAACUAGUGCUUCCUUAUGUGCGUGUGUAUUUUCAGUGUAUAAGUGUCCGUGUGACUGUGUGUGUGUGUGUGCCAGAGAACAUUGAGUGCAUGUGUGUGGGCCCACGCUACGUUUCUCACACCGGACUCUAAAACAGACCGGGACCUCGUUAACAACAUGAGCACACCUGUCUGCAGUGCAUGCUGGGACAUCUAAAGCAGCUCCUCCACAGCACAGCGAAAGGCUGGGGGCCUCUGGGUGUCUCAACGGACGCCGCCCUGCCCACUUUUACAAAAAACGGCAGCUACGAGCCACACUGCAAUCCAGACAUUUUGACAUCAUGCAAAAAUGCCUGUGAGGAGUCCGCAAGUGAGGCGCAGAGACUUAAAAACUAUGUUCGUGGAGAGUGUUAAGUGUUGAAAAUAUCCCUCUGCCCCAUUGUUGGCAGCAGGCACUUGUAUAUGCAAUCUCAAUGUAAAGAAUUUUUGUGACAGAAGGACCCCCUCCCCCCUGCAAGAAUGCCAUAUAAGGAUGGAGGGGGGGAACCUUGAAGAUGUGAUGUCAGUUUGUCUACUAGUACUUGGUGUGAGCUCACAAGUGUGUUUGUGACAGCUGAGGAACUCAAAGGAUGGAAGUGUCUGGAGCAGUGGCUUUGUGGGUAGUCUGGUGUCUCUUCUUACACACAAUCCUUUGUCGUCUUUCUCCACUCGCAUUAACUCUCUGGCAACCCUGGCUCGAGGAGGUCAGGGGCAGCAGCGAACACAGGAUGGUGGCAUGAAUGGCUUUUCUCAGUGUUUUUUUUUCUUUUUUUUUUUUUUCUUCUCCUUCCUUUUCUUUUCAAAAUUCCAGAGUGAGAGCAGGCUUUAAAGGAUUUUUUUUUUCUCUCUCAAAAAAGAAGUCAAACCCACCCCAAAAGCUGCUAGUCUGUCAGGGUUCAAUGACUGUGGAUCAGCUGGAGGUGGUGACCACACAGGGAGUUCGCCAGUCACCUACCUUACAACAAUCCUCUGACCCUCCCAACAUUUUUAGUGGCAACUCUGUACAUAUAUACAUAGCCGCUGUUUUCUUUUUUUUUUAAUUUAGAUUUUUUAUGCUUUCUUUGAAGAAGGCAUGUUUGUACUGUACUUGAGUUGAUUCAGAAUGUGCAGUAUUUAACUUUUUCUUUUUUUUUCUGUGUAUAGUUGCUGUGGUCUUUGCCCACUUAAGUGGUAAGGACACACCAGGGUUAAACACUGCUCAUCUGUUUGUUGGACACAGCGUCCAUUCUCCUUAGUUUCUGAUCUUUUCUUUUUUCUUUUUUUUCUUUUUUUAAAAUGGAAGAAGGGGGGAGGGGCGAAAGUAGACUUCAGAGGCCAUAUUUGUUGUAGCUUUGCGAAAAUCCAGAUUGUAUGGAAAUCCUGUGUAGGGAAAAAUAAGUGCACAAACUUUCAGGCACACACUUAACAGACUGAGACAACUGGUGUGUAUUUGACUGAAUGCGACCUGAUGCACUGUGAGCUCAAUGUGACGUGGGAGUUGUUUGUCAAGAGUAAUAAUGAUUAAAAAUAUAUUUAAUGUAAAGUUAGUUACUACAAAACAUUACUGAGGACAUCUGUAUAACUUAUAUGAAUGUAUUGUCUUGCUAUACUGGACAUAUCCAAUCAAUGCAUUUUACUGUAAAGCAAUAAUGUGAGGAAAAAAAUAAAAUGGCAAAAUAAUUCCUGUA